AUCCAGAGCCUGAGCAAGAACCGGAGCAAGCAGACCCGGCAGACCCCAGCAGGAUGAAGGCACCCGUGGCUCUCCUGCUGGCCCUGCUGCUGUGUGGGCAGCCAGGCACCAGGCAGGCGCAGGACGAGGAGGAGGAGGAGGACGACGUGGACUUUGGGCCUGAAGGCUAUGACGAUGAUGAGGAGGAGGAGGAGGAGGCCAGUGUGGCUGCAGGUGGCAAGGGCAGAGGGCUGCUGCAGUGUUAUGCCUGUCAGUCCCUGUACAUGGGGGAGCCCUGCAAGCAAGUUCAAAACUGCGUCCACGGCCACAGCUUCUGCAAAGCCGUCAUCUCCCACAGGAACACGGAGUCGGAUCCUCUGACCACCUACUCCACAUGGUGUGCAGACACGUGUCAGCCCAUCACUAAGACACUGGAAGGGACCCUGAUGACCCUGACCUGUUGCCAGUCCACUCUCUGCAACAUCCCACCCUGGCAGGACCCCCCAGGCAACGGAGCCGGUAGCCCCCAGGGCAGCCCCACGAUGGUGGCUCUCCUGCUCAGCCUCCUUCCCGGCCUUCCGGCCGUGGGGUCCUGAAUGCGUGGUCCCACCCCCACCCCACUCACACCCUGGAUGGCCAGCACUCUGCCCAGUGCCUCACCCACCUGGCUCCCGCCCCAGCUUUGAUGAAUAAAUUUAUAGCAUCUUUAACGGUC